UCAUCGUCAUAAUAGUAAAUAUUCAAAAAUAUUCAAACAACAACAACAACAACAACAACAAUCAAUGGCCAAUACAAUAGUAAAACCAUUACCUGUAUCAGUGAAAAAAAUUUGGGAAGAAAAACAAAAAAUUUCUUUAUCACGUGAACGUCGUGCAACUAGAAUUCUAGGCAUUAUUAUGGGUGUAUUCGUUGCUUGUUGGCUUCCAUUCUUUUUGAUGUAUGUUAUAGUGCCUUUCUGUGAAUCCUGUCAAUUAUCACGUGAAACGGUCAAUUUUAUUACAUGGCUUGGAUAUAUGAAUUCGGCAAUAAAUCCACUCAUCUAUUGUGGAUUUAAUCGAGAUUUUCGUCGUGCAUUUCAAAAAAUUAUUCUAUGUAAAAAUGUUUAAGUUUGUAAUGACAGAAAUAUCUCUUUCACAAUUUAAGCUUCGUGUUUUCAUGUUCAUGUUCAUCGAUUUUUGUUGUUGUUAUUGUUGUUGCUUGCCAAAAGGCAUAAUAAAUUUUUUUUCUUCUGUAAAUUGAAUACAUAAAAAUUGUAUAAAAGCCCUUGAUUUAUCCAUCUAUAAAGUUCAAAAAUAUUUAUGGCCAAAGGAAAAAAAUGUUUCUG